CUGCCUGCUGUAAACUCCGCUGGGCAUCAUUGCGCGUCAAAACAUUGCGUCUUUGCAGGACUUGCCAGGGCUGGAGAGAGGCGGACAUUUGCUCGGGAAAGAAAUGCUAAAGGGGUUUUAAGUUUGGCACUGCCACGAGGAAAACGAGGAGGUGCGGAUCUUUUUAAAGCGACGUGGAGAACCGCUUUUCUUCCCUUCAAAGGUGUUCGCCUCCCAACCCGGCGCCCACCACGGCCCUCACCUGUGUGUUGCGGUGCUUCCCUUGUGAGCCGACCUGGGCUGGCAGUCCCUUCUUGCACCGCCCGCCAACUCCGCCCAUGGUCAGGAUGACGCGCUCCAAGACCUUCCAGGCAUACCUGCCGAGCUGCCACCGGACCUACAGCUGCAUCCACUGCCGAGCUCACCUGGCCAACCACGACGAGCUCAUCUCCAAGUCGUUUCAGGGGAGCCAAGGCAGAGCCUACCUGUUCAAUUCCGUGGUGAACGUCGGCUGUGGCCCUGCAGAAGAGAGGGUUCUGCUCACAGGCCUGCACGCUGUAGCAGACAUCUACUGUGAGAACUGCAAGACCACCCUGGGCUGGAAAUACGAACACGCCUUUGAGAGCAGUCAGAAGUAUAAAGAGGGCAAGUUCAUCAUCGAGCUGGCCCACAUGAUCAAGGACAACGGCUGGGACUGAGUGACGAGCAGCCCG